AUGCCUCUUUUUGGUAAAGACAAAAAAGCCAAAAGCAAAAAUAAUAAUGGCAAUAAAGACUCUACUAGUGGUUUAUUGGAAGACAAAUACAUACUUAAAGAACAACUUGGCACAGGAGCCUUUUCCGAAGUAAGACUGGCUGAAAGCAAAGAAAAACCCAAUCACUUAUUUGCUGUCAAAAUAAUUGACAAAAAAGCCCUCAAAGGCAAAGAAGAUUCCUUGGAAAACGAAAUAAUGAUUCUGAGAAAACUAAAACACCCAAACAUUGUCCAGCUACUAGAGACUUUUGAAGACAAAACAAAAGUCUAUUUAAUAAUGGAACUUGUCACUGGCGGAGAACUAUUUGACAGAAUAGUAGAAAAAGGCUCUUAUACAGAAAAAGAUGCAGCCCACUUAAUCCGCCAAGUCUUGGAAGCAGUAGACUACAUGCACCAACAAGGUGUAGUCCAUCGGGACUUGAAACCUGAAAACCUACUCUACUACAGCCCUGACAAAGACAGCAAAAUAAUGAUAAGUGACUUUGGCUUAUCAAAAAUGGAAGAUGGCGGUAUAAUGGCUACAGCUUGUGGCACCCCUGGCUAUGUAGCCCCAGAAGUUUUAGCCCAAAAACCUUACGGCAAAGCAAUAGAUGUUUGGUCUAUAGGAGUCAUAUCUUAUAUCCUACUUUGUGGCUAUCCACCUUUUUACGACGAAAACGAUGUUAACUUGUUUGCCCAAAUACUAAAAGGCGAAUUCGAAUUUGACUCACCUUACUGGGACGAAAUAAGCGAUUCUGCCAAAGAUUUUAUUAAAAAUCUAAUUUGUGUCAACGUAGAAAAACGCUUUAGUUGCAAACAGGCUUUAGAUCAUCCCUGGAUUUCGGGCAAUGAGGCCUCGAGCAAAAACAUCCACGGCACCGUUUCUGAGCAACUGAAAAAGAACUUUGCCAAAUCAAGAUGGCGGCAAGCCUAUCACGCUACAGCUGUCAUCAGGCAAAUGCAACGAAUGGCUCUGAGCAGCUGUCAAAAGAGUCCUCAGCCGCCCCAAUCUGCUGGCAGUUCGGGCGGGGAACAAUCUAGGGGGAGUAGCGCUUCGUCGUCUGGUAAACUGUAA